CUCUACUUUACUUCUCCGGCGGCAACGUGUUGAAGAAAACCCAACCUUGGCACUUAGUUUCUCAACUCAUCAAGUACUGAAUUCGUAAUUUGUCAUUAGAAAUUAUGGGUUUUUGUGUCAAAGUUGGUCUGCUGUUCGUGACAGUUGUUUGUUUCUCAACGCAUGCAGCGAAAUUGCCGAGUACUUUUGGAAGAUGUAGCCCGAAAGAUGAAGAGUUUAAUGAAUGUCUUAAGAAAAAUGUUGAAGAUGCUAUUCAUCAACUCAAAAAAGAAUCGCCAGAACUAGGUUUGAGCACACUCGAUCCGUUAGAUAUUCCCAAACUGGUAAUUGGAGAAGGAACUGGACCAGUACAUGUGGUUCAGAAUUUCAAAAAUGUAAAAUUAUAUGGUUUAACAGGAUCAAUAGUUCUUUCAACUAGUAUUGAUUUUGAAAAUCAUAUAAUGCACGCAAGAUCUAUUACUCCUGAACUACGACUUCAAGGUGAAUACACAAUGAGGGGAAAAGUAAUGCUCUUGCCCAUAUAUGGAGAUGGACUAUGUAAUAUUACUUUAUAUAACACGAAAAUCAAUCACACCCUCUAUGCUGAGCCAUUCCAGAAGAAAGGUAAAACCCAUUGGAAUUUCUCAAAUUAUACCGUAACUUUGAGGCCGGAUAAGAUGACAUACAAAUUUGAUAACCUAUUCAGCGGUGAUGAACGAUUGGGCUCGAACAUUUUAAACGUUUUAAAUGAAAAUUGGAACGAAGUCUUCACCGAUGUCAGAGAUGGAUAUGAAAAGAGUUUCGGUCUCAUCUUCCAUGGGUUGGCGAACAGAGUGUUCUCGAGAGUGGCACUUAAUGAUAUAUUUUUGGAUAUGGAAUGAUGUUGUAUAUUAAAUAAUGUGAUUCUAUUAAAGUAUUAAUACCAUUAGGCUAUACUUAUAAAUUUAAAAAAACCGUAAACAUUUCAAUUAAAAGAAUUAAG